GCUACUGGAGAAGAGCUGGGGGAGGACGGUGGCCCGCGAGGCUCGAGCAGACAACGCGGCGGCGAUGUCCGCGAGCCAGGCGAGCGCCGCGGCGGUAGCGGCGGGGCCUCGCGCGUGGCUGGGCGGCCUGGGCUGCGGCCUCCCCGCGGGUCCCUGGGAGCGGGCGCGCGGCCGGCACGGGAGCAGUGGCGGAGGCCCCGGCGCGUCCUUCUGCCCCGCAGCCUGAGCCCGGGCGGCUGGAGGGCUUCGCUGCCCGAGGAUGGGAAUUCUCUUCACCCGGAUCUGGAGGUUGUUCAAUCACCAGGAGCACAAAGUUAUCAUUGUUGGGCUGGAUAAUGCAGGGAAAACUACCAUCCUUUACCAGUUUUCCAUGAAUGAAGUUGUACACACAUCCCCUACAAUAGGAAGCAAUGUGGAAGAGAUCGUGGUUAAUAAUACGCGUUUCCUGAUGUGGGAUAUUGGUGGUCAAGAGUCCCUUCGUUCUUCAUGGAACACUUACUAUACUAACACUGAGUUUGUAAUAGUUGUUGUGGACAGCACAGACAGAGAAAGGAUUUCUGUGACUAGAGAAGAGCUCUACAAAAUGUUAGCCCACGAGGACCUAAGAAAAGCUGGAUUGCUGAUUUUUGCUAAUAAACAAGAUGUUAAAGAAUGCAUGACGGUAGCAGAGAUCUCCCAGUUUUUGAAGCUAACUUCUAUAAAAGACCACCAGUGGCAUAUCCAAGCAUGCUGUGCUCUUACUGGCGAGGGGUUAUGCCAAGGACUUGAGUGGAUGAUGUCACGGCUAAAGAUCAGAUGAUCUCUACUGACCUCUUCCCACAGACUCUUAUCAACAAAGUGCUGACUUUACCUGAAAGCUGCAAAAAACGGUUCACAUAUAUUUAUAAUAAACUGAUUUGAGACUUUUUCUAUAAGAAGAAAAAUUAAGACCACUUAUUUGAAAACAAAGAUGAAAUGUCACUACCCUAUUUGCUCUCUCAUUCCUUCCAAAGUGCGCUGAAGCUGUGACUGACAUUUUCCCAUGAUGAGUGCUAUCAGGAUAUGAUAUGGAGGAAGAAGGCAUUUGAACUGGAGAGCUUUAUUGUCAGCGUGACUUUACCACCCCAGGUUCCCUUCUAAUACAUCAAAUCGAAUACAAAUCAGCACAGAUAACUCUUUCCAGUUUUUAAAAAUGUAAUGUUAUGGAAAGUAUUUUGCUUAAAGUUGAAUAUGUAUUGUAUAUAUACCUCAAGUUCAGGUUAAUGGCUUUGAUUUGUGUUCUGAAGAAAAGCAAAUAACACAAAUAAUAACCGUAGUUAUUACCCUAGUGUCAUUCAGUAUCAACAUUGGUGUUAAGUGUCAUUUUUGUGAUUACCCCUCUGUUCUCUGUGUUGUCCUAAGAAGCCAACCCUGACCCAGAAUUAUUGAGCUGCUCCUUAAAAACAAAGCAGGAAAAAGCUUGACCCUGUAUACCAAGUCUUGUUUCUCAGUGAUAGAGAUGGAAAAAUAACAUAAGUGAGUAGAGUGUCUGCUGGACCCUUGGCCGGGUGUUACUGGGCAUAAAAUCACACAGUAAGCAAUUGUCAGACUUCUUCUAUUGAUCUUAUGCCAACUCAGCUACUAACCAGUCAGUCAUAAAUGAUAUUAAAACUACCAGGUAAUUUUUAAUUGAAAAUCAUGGUGUGAAAUAUAUCUACCCAAAGAGGUAACAUUCUAUAAAUAGUAGUAAUUAAUUUAGCCGUAGCCUUUUUUAGCAUUGAAUUAUAUGACAAACUGCUGAAAUGAAUUUGAGAGUAAACAUAAGGCACAGUUCUCAAUUAACAUUGAUAAUUUCUCAAUUUGCAGAUUUCUUUCUGUAGGUUUUCUUACAUGUUCUUCCACUACAUAAAAAUGCCUUGUGAAAUAGUUAGGAAAUCCAAAUACCCUGAAUGCUUUCAAGUAUUUGAAAAUUUGACAUGUUCCAUUAUUUGUACGAGAAGAAAUUUGAUCUAAAACACCUUUAUAUUUGCAAAUUUUAAAAAAUUAUCUAAAAGUUGAAGGUAUUUCUGUCGUACGUAUACACAAAAUUAUCACUUUGUGACUCUGUAUGCCUUUUGUGCCCUGGAAAUUUGAAGGUUAGUCAAAACUGUCAAGAUUUAGGAAAUUUAAAAAAAAAAAAAAAAAAGAUUAAGAGAUAGAAGUCCACAUUAUAAGCACUGAUGAAACUUUGGAAAAUCUUACAGUAAAAUGUGCUAACACUUACUGUCUAAAGCCAUGGGUGUGGAUGAGUGUUAACGGGAUGUUUUGUGUUUGAGAUCUGCUAUAAGGCUCCCUGGGCACUUUUGAGCAUUUAAUGUCUCCUCUUAGAAAAUCAGCCCUCAAUCGCUGGGCUUUGUAAUGCUAAGUUCUGGUCAUCCAUAGUUCUCAGACCUUUUCAAAUCACAGUGAAAACCUCCCUAUUGUACAUUUAAAAAUCCCCUUAAAGAUUCAAAUCUACUUUCUAGUGUUGUCAAAGACUAAUAGCCUGUAAUGCAGCCCUGCCCACUCCUGCACCCAGAGGUACAGCCUUUUAGCUUUGUGGUUUUUAAUUUUAAUAAUCAUGUGCAUAGUUGCUUGGAUCACUGUUACAUCAGUUAAACAUAUACCAGCACAUUCUGGUGUUGCCAAGGUAUUAGCUAGAAUUUAUUCUUAAUUGGAUGUUUAAAGUGUUUGUUCCAUUGUUAAGGUUGGCAUAGUAUAGUCAGUUAAUGAUGUCAUAAGAAAGCAUGAAACUUUACCACUUUUACAAAAUAUGAAGUUUUUGGGUUUUUUUUUAACUCUUUUAAGCUAAGAAUCAAAAAAUGAUAUGAUCUCUGUGUACUUGUACAUGAAACAAAAAUUAUGACCUAGUAAAAAGAUUUAAUAUAUGAAAAAAAUCAAAACUGUCAAACAGUAUUAAGGCCUAAAUAUGGCAGAGUACCCCCUGACAUCAUGCUGGCAGUUUAUAUGUCAUGGGGCAGAACUCAGCAAGUCCUUGAUUUCAUAUGUUAAUAUGAGACUUCUGGGUGUAAACAACCAUCUCAUUUAACCUCACUAUGCUCAGCUUUGAAAAUAACAAAGAUUUAUACCUCUGUACAUGUGUCCUGUUUUGAUACUAAUUUUGAAAGUUGUUUAACUUCUCUUGAUAUCUUGGUAAAAGUGGCCAUAAGAUAAAUCAUUUGAAUAUAUUUGAUUUUGUCAUAACAUUUAUAAAAUGUAUGUUUUCCAUUAUAUUGAGAGUUUUAUUUUAAGAAUUCAGUUUCCCUUAUAUUUCUAGCACACCUUGGCCAUCACAGUAGUCAAAGAAUAAGAGAAGACAAGUGGGCUGGGCAGUGGGGAAUGAGUAUUCAUUUUCUUGUGACAUUUUGCCUUAAGAAUAAAAAGGUGUAUUAGCACUGCUGGUUGGUAUUUUGAGUGCAGGUGAUGAACCUAGUCUUACGUAGUGUGGUAUGACAGAGAAGGAAUAGUUUGUUUUCUGGCUUUGAAGAAGUGCCUCGUAGGUAGUCACAGGAAGUCACAGUAAGUUUGGGGAGCUUGAGGAGAGGCUAGAGGUCCCUAAGGCGUCUUUUCCUUUUGUCUGAGUGUAUAGUAUUAGGAUGCCCAGAAGAGAGAUGGUGUUGAUCCUCUCUUAUAGGCACUUUAUAUUUCUUGCUGUAGCUACAGCAAUCACAUACAGUACAGACAACCUCAAAUUCUGUUUAUAUUAUUGUAAAUAGAAAAUCAUAGACAGCUGUCUAGUUUCCUCUGCAGGCAUUUUUGAGAAUGCAUCUAUAGUCUGUUCUACUUUGUCAAUAGGGGAUAACAGCACAUCCUAGAUCAUAUGUGAACUUUGGAAUUUUCUAAUUGCCCUUGGUAUCCUCGUACCUUUCUCAUUUUCAAGGCAAGGUAGAGGGGUUCUUUACAUAUCUGAUUUGACCACUUCCAUUCUCCAAACACAGUGUGGGAUUUCUUGUUCAGGAGCAACUUCCAUAGCUCAGCUUGCCCUUGCUGUCCUGGAUGUUUGCUCACCACCAAUAAAGGUUGCUCUUUUUCAUCUAAAGCUGUUCUAAACUUUGUCCAUAACCAUUAUUGCCAGACCACUAGGUUUUCAGGAAUCACUUUGAUUCUGUCUGUCCACCCACCAAUGACUUGACUCACUACUCUGGACCUCUGCAUCAUCAGAGUUUCUGAGUCUAUCAGGAGACUAGAUUCAUAUUGUGGUUUAUAGAUACCAGUAGAAGAAUCCUGUUAUAUACUGUAUCUAGCACCUUAAUUCUAUAUAAUAUUAACUUCUUACACUGACAGCUAGAUUGAGAAAGACAAAUACAUUGACUAUCAGGUCCUUGAGUUACAUGAGUUAGGAUCAAAGGCCAUUGUCAUGCUCACAUACUCCUCAUAUAAACAAGAAUGGUGAUGUUUUGGAGAAUACUGGUUCAGCCAGCAUAAGAUGGAAAAGGAUGAUAAAACAAAACUAUAGAGUUGAACUUUAAGAUAGCCUAAAAUGACUUCUCACAUUCCAUUUUUUUUUUCAUGCUUAAUUGAGUAGAAAAGAUUAGCAUUAAAUGUCUAAAGGAAUUUCUAAUUUGAGACCUAGAUGGUUCCUUAUUUUGCUGUCUUUUAAAGUUUGUUUUAAUAAGGAAUAUGUGGUGGUGUAAGUGUAAUUCCAACAUUAAGGAACAAGAGACAGGAGAACUGCUGGAGGUACAAGGUCAACCUGGGCUAAAUAGUAUCAGUCAUCAAGACUACAUAGCAAAACACUAUCAAAAAGAAAGGAAGGAAGAGAAACAGCCAGUAAUCAACCAUCAUGUGUUCCUGUAGAAUUCAGGAUGUCACGUUCCUCAAAGCAGGUGCAGGCAUUUAAGACCAUGAUAGUGGAGUAUGGUAAACAGCAGGAUUUAGCACUCUGGAUGCUUAAGUCAGUGCUUAUAUUUAACCCUAAAGUUGUUUGAAAUUGGUAAGAAAUGGAACAGGAUACAGUUGGGCUAAUUAUGCAAUAUUUUAUCUUUUCAAUUCUCUAACUCUGUACUGUUCCUAAAAUGGAAGAGUGAGUCUUUUGGUGUUGCCUGCUCGAUGUGCAGAUCUUUGGUAGUAGAUAUUUCUCAUAGUGUAUACUUAAGAAGUAAGUGCCUGACAUUGAUUUGUGUUGAUUUCUAAGUCCAUGUAAUAAAUGAUAUGUGUUUUCUAUGGUA